GGCGAGCCUCGAUGAUGACAUCGGAUGUUCAGGAUCGUAUCUAUAAAAGGGCAUUGCUUCCGCUUACAGGGUACAUCUAUAUCUUUGUCUCUAAAACGUUAAAUUUUACAUCGUCACCACAUUGAAGCUAUAUAGAAUAAAACAGUUGAAAGUGAUAAAAAAAAAACUGCGUGUUUACAUAAGUUAGACAACCCAAUAACAACGGUAUAUUUUACUGAAAAUCAUAAGAAGUUAUUAACGAAAAAGAAAAGUUAUACAACGUUACAAAACUUAAUUUAGUACAUAAAUGAUUAGUCAAGUUAGAAUAUAAAUUUUUUGGUCGGUAGACCAAAACGAUCAAAUAUGACACGGAAUAACAGAAAACGAGGACGUAUUUUAGAGGAAGAAUCUAGCGAGUUCAUGCCACUAAGUAAAAGGAUCAAUAAUCUUCAUAUCAAUGGUUUAUCUGGACUUCAAGAAAGUACAGCCGAAAUGGAAUCUGAUUGGGGAGGCCCUAAUUUUAUUCCUUCUCCAAAUUAUUCAGAACCUUCUCAAAGCUCGCCAUUACAUGACACUUGUGGUUCUAGCCAAAGUAGUUACACUGCUGAUUACAGGCCUGAUCUUGAUGCAACAGAAAAUCCAUUUUACUAUGAAAGCAAUAAAUUAUUGUUUUCUUUGUACAUGGAACGUAUGCAAAGAUCAGAUAUGUAUUAAUAAUGGCUUAACUUUGCAUAUUUUAAAGGUAUUUUUUAUUUACAACUUAAUCAUUCCUUUGGAUAACUUUAUAAAGCCAUCAAGUUUGUCAGUCUUAGGUAUUAAUCUUUGCAAUUUGAAAUUAGUUCAGUUACAUUACAUUUCUAAUAUCAGUAUCUUUUAUUAUAUAAUGUCUAUAUCGCAGAUUAAUUAUAAUACAUUAAAAUUAAUUUCCUAAUUUUCCAUGAUAAUUUAUCUCAUCGCAAGAUCAAAUGUUUUAUAUAAUAUUUAUUUCUUUAUUACCAAACACUAUGCAUGUCUAAAGUAUAUUAAAUUAAUGAAAAGUUCAAAUGCCUUAUGUGAUUUAUUGUAAUUGUGUUUAUAUUUCUAUUGUUUGUAUACAUUGAUAAUUUGUGCGAGAAAUAUUUGGUUAUUAUUAAAUUUUUACAGAUUGUGGUUUACAAAGGAGAGAAAUAAUACAAAUAAAAUAAGAUACGAUUGA